AUGGAUCAAAAUGAUUCGCUGGCCUUCCGGCUUGAUGUUAUAAACAAACUUAUUAGUUUAGAACGCCUCGAGAAGGAAAGAAGACGUCGGUCCCAGUACCAAGAAACUCUCAUCGGUAAACUCAGUCAAACUUUACUGGACCUCGAGUCCAACUCUGAAUCAAAACAGCCAUGGAAUGACGUGGACAGUGAAGAAUUUACGCGCUUUACUUCUUUAAACAAAGAUGUCAUCGAUGAAAUUGAGCACCGCCUGAGGGAGCGGCCGGAUGGUUCCUACCUACUGGCGCAGUACCAACAGGUGAUCGAAAACAUCAAACAAAUACCUCACAUAAGUCAAACGCAAACGUUUCGCCUAAAAAGAGAAGCUCUAGAGGAACGUCUCAAGGCUUUAAUACGUCACUCGGAAGUCCUAUUGUCGUCAAAUCAUAACCAAACAAAAGACACCAUGUCGUCCUGCCUCAAAACAUUGAAAAUCAUCUUGAUGAACACGCAGCAGCUCCCAAGGCAUAAAACGUUGGACAAGCAAACUGUGAACAUGAAUGACACAAAGUUGGCAUCUCGCCUGAAUUGCGUUCGAGAUAAUUUGCUCCAGCUUCAUGGCAAACAUAACAAAUAUAUCGAAAGCCUUGCGACUAUUGACGACAAGGUGGCGGAAGUACUAUCCAUCUAUGUUCCUCCAAUGGCCCCAUUGGAGAAAAUCAUAGAUUCGAUCACCACAUCCAAGGCCAUAGUGAAAUUCUGCGAGGAGAACAUCAGAACAGAACAGGUUGUCCGUGAACUUCAAAUCCGCGGCUCCUUUUUACCUGCCCAAACCAACUUCUAUCCAGCCAUGAAUAUUCUCGUUCCCUUACAGGAAGCAAUUUCGGUUUUUCUAAAUCUUCACUCGGCCCAUGAUCCCGAUAUCGAAUCAUUGAAUAACAUUUGGAAACUCGAGCAAACAUCCACUGAAAAUGAUAAAGAGUAG